CAGGUGCCAAAAGAGAAGUUUCAUUCCUUGGAUAUGCUUGCGUUUAGAAGAGGCUCACUAAUUGAUAGACAAUGCUUUAGAGCUUUCCAUUCGUCUAAACGAUUGGCAACUCUACAACCCCAUGAGGCCGGGUUUGUGUUUGAUAUGGAUGGUGUAUUGUUAAAGGGGUCUAAAGUGAUAGCAGAGGCUCCAAAGGCGCUGGAGCUACUACAGGAACGUUCAAUUCCGUGGAUCUUAAUGACCAAUGGAGGAGGAAUCUCAGAAGCUGAUCGUGCAAAGGUGUUAACCUCUAAGCUUGGUAUCAAUGUUGAUGUCGAGCAAAUUGUUCAGUCCCACACGCCGAUAACGUCGAUUCCAAAUAAGGAGGAUCUCACAGUUCUUGUUCUUGGUGGAAUUAGGGACCAGGUCCGUUCCGUUGCUGAAGGGUACGGGUUUGGUAAGGUUCUGCUCAGUGCAGACUACGUCAAAACGGACCCUUCCGUGUCACCGUUCAAGAACAAGGAGACUUUAGAAUUUGGUCAAUUAGUCCCUAACAUCAAGGACUUGCACGUUGACAAGAUUCUGGUUUUCAACGAUCCGAGAGACCUCUGGACCGAUAUACAAGUUGUAAGCGACUUGCUGAGAAAGAACCCGGAAACGCAUGUCAUCUUCUCCAACAACGAUUGGCUCUGGGCCAACGAAUACCCGGAUCCACGUUAUGGACAAGGCCUUGUUCGUUUCUUAUUUGAAAGACUCUACCAGGAGGAGAUUGGUAAACCUUUGAACAAGACCAUCCUGGGCAAGCCAACCAAAUUCGCCUACGAUUUUGCGCACCAUGUUCUCAUCAACAGGUCGCUGGCACUCAGCGGACUCGACACCUGUAACAAGACCCACCUGGAGUUUGGCAAGGAAGUUGAAAAUAGCCACAUGAAGGAAGUGUUCAUGGUGGGUGAUAACCCAGCAAGUGAUAUCAUUGGAGGGUACAACUACGGGUGGCACACGGCCCUCGUGAGAACAGGGGUGUACAGAGAUGGUGAUAAGUUACCAUGUCCGCCAACCAUCACCGGAAACAACGUCUACGACGUUGUCAAAGGAGCACUCGAGAAGAUGGGCCUCUACUGAAUACCAAGAAGGUUACAAUUGUUAGGACAACAAUGCAA